AUGAAGCAUACUGCGGUAAUAUUUGUUGAAAAGGCGACCACUUCUACUGUUACAGAGUUUUACGAUGCUUUGUCUACUCACGUUAUAUCGGUAAAAGAGAAAUGGUCAUUCGAAUUAAAGACAUUCAGGUCUACGGUAAAGAAUCUACCUCAGGAUGAUACUAAAGUGAUGCAUUCACUAACAUUAACGCACCAUGAUAAUCAGACUAUUACUCUAAAGAAUCAAUCUGCUAUAGUCACCGGCUAUCAAGUUCAAGAUCAACUUACUUCAAAUGGAUGCUCUACAGGGUUCCCAGAACCAUUUGAUAAUAUAUUAAUCUCAAAGCUAUCGAAUAUCUGGACUCAAAGACAGUCUAUUAAAGGAGAGUUCGGGAGCACAUAUGAAACACCAGAGUUUUUAGUUAGAGCAGCAAAUGUUUUCUCUGCAAGCGGUUUCAAAGGCUUUCUACUUGAGUUAGAAUGUGAUGACAACUCUUCAAAAGGGGGAUUGAACUCCCAAUUAGAGACUAUAAAAGGUCUGCUAGAUGAAAUAAAGAUCACUGACUACAAGAUAUGCAGUAACAACAUGAAAGAAGGAGAAAUGAACUUCCUGUGCGAUCUUGCUUACCAAUACGUGAAAGUUUUAGAUUAG